AUUCUUAAAAGAAAAGAACAAGAAAAAGUUCAGAGACCUCUCCAAUUCGAAUAUUCAUUUCUUUUUUUUUGCUCGAGAAAAUAUUAACUCUCCCAUAGUCCGUCCCAUGCACCAACAUCUGUCGUCUGAAUCCCUAUUCCUGAUCUCUCUUCUUUAGAUCGUGGAAGCGACACCAUUUCCUCCCCCCCCCCACCCCCUUUUUUUUUCCUUAAUUUUGUCUCCUUUUCGCUUUGUUUUCUCCAUCAUCAUUAUUUUUUUUUCUCUUUCUCUUCCGUAAUACCAAAAUGGCGGAACUGAAAUCGAAGUGGUUGGGUUUGAGAUCGGUAAUCUUGGUUUUUCUCAGUUUCGCUUUAGCUUUCGCCUUCGUCUCCGCCGAAAGAAGCUUUAUUAAAAGAAAAGAUCUGAGAUUUUAUUCAGAUGAAACGCGGGAAAACAAUGAAUCAAGUAGUUUCUUUCUCAAAGCCGUUAAUUUUCUCUGGGAAUCUGAUCAAACUGGUUACCAUCAUGUUUGGCCUGAAUUUGAGUUUAAUUGGCAAAUCGUUUUGGGAACACUUGUUGGAUUCUUCGGUGCUGCGUUUGGUAGUGUAGGUGGUGUUGGUGGUGGUGGUAUCUUCGUUCCUAUGCUUAGUUUGAUUAUUGGCUUUGAUCCUAAAUCUGCUACUGCCAUUUCUAAAUGUAUGAUUAUGGGUGCUUCUGUGUCAACUGUGUAUUACAAUCUUAGACUGAGGCAUCCUACACUUGAUAUGCCAAUCAUUGACUAUGAUCUCGCCUUGCUGAUCCAGCCUAUGCUUAUGCUUGGUAUUAGUAUUGGGGUUGCUUUUAAUGUGCUUUUUCCAGAUUGGUUGGUCACUGUUCUACUCAUUAUCCUCUUUCUAGGCACCUCCACAAAGGCGUUUUUGAAGGGUUCUGAGACUUGGAAUAAGGAAACUAUAGAGAAAAAGGAAGCUGCUAAGCGUUUAGAGUCAAACGGUGUAUCUGGCACUGAAGUGGAAUACAUACCACUUCCCGCAGCUCCGACCACGAACCCUGGAAACAAAAAGAAAGAAGAGGUAAGUAUUCUUGAAAAUGUAUACUGGAAGGAACUGGGACUUCUCGUGUUUGUCUGGGUUGUAUUCUUGGCACUGCAGAUAUCCAAGCAAAAUCUGGCUACUUGUUCAGUAGCGUAUUGGGUCAUAAAUUUGUUACAGAUUCCGGUUGCAGUUGGUGUAUCAGGCUAUGAGGCAGUAGCUUUGUACCAGGGUAGAAGAAUCAUUGCAUCUAAGGGACAAGGAGACUCAAAUUUCACCGUUGGCCAGCUAGUUCUUUACUGUACAUUUGGCAUAUUGGCAGGCAUAGUCGGUGGUUUACUUGGUUUAGGUGGAGGUUUCAUCAUGGGUCCAUUGUUCUUGGAGCUCGGUGUACCGCCACAGGUUUCAAGUGCCACAGCCACUUUUGCAAUGACUUUCUCAUCAUCCAUGUCUGUUGUAGAAUACUAUCUUCUCAAACGAUUCCCUGUUCCAUAUGCUCUGUACCUUGUGGGAGUGGCAACAAUUGCAGCUUUAGUUGGACAGCAUGUAGUCAGAAGGCUAAUUUCAGCCCUCGGUCGGGCAUCUCUCAUCAUCUUCAUCCUUGCAUCCAUGAUUUUUAUCAGUGCGAUAUCGCUUGGUGGAGUGGGAAUAGUGAACAUGAUCGGCAAAAUACAACGGCACGAGUACAUGGGUUUCGAGAACCUUUGCAAGUACGGUGGUUGACUUUUAGGAAUUCUGGCUCAAUGUUAUGGUUUUUGGAAUUCUUCUCUUUUAAGUGAUGCCAAAAUCGGCUGUAUUUAGUGUGUAACUUGUUGGCUUAUAAAAAGCUCCAUUCUUGAUGGCAAGAUUUGUGGUCUUUUGAUUGUAUGUCUUGGUGUCGUUUACUUAGAUUUGAAAAUUGUAUUAUUAGCACUAUUCGUUUCUUUUUUGGUUGAAAAUGUAAUUUAUGGCAACAUAAGGGAUUUUGAUCAUUUUGUCAACAGUAUUAGAUGGAAAUAACUUUA